AUGGGGGUGGUACAUGUCCCCGGCACAUCGGCGGGCCGGCACUGCUCGUUGAAGUGCAGGAUCGCGUUUUGCAUCGCGAUCGCGAUCCUCACCCUGUGUCUUGCCUGCUUUGUUUGGCUGGCUCCAGCUUUGUCUGCACAGGAGGGUGCAAUGUCAGGCGGCCGAGCGCAGAGCUUUCAACAAUUUGGCUUCGACUGGCGAGGGCGCGAGGUGCCUUCCUUCCCCAUUCAGCAGACGCUGGCGUUGGCUUUGCUUGCAUCGAUAUGGAUAUGCUGCACACUGAAGAGGCACCCCCGCUCCAGCUAUGCGCAUGAUGCAAAGUGGUGCUUGUGCGGGUUCUGGCUGGUAGCAGUCAUGAACCAGGUCUCACACAUAUGUCGGACAAAGGGUUCGUUCAAGGCCUUCGUCAUCGGCCUAAAAAUUGCAAAUGGUUUGCACUGUGUCACGCUUGGUUGGACACUCUACAUGUUGCAGUUGAGAAUGGCAGGAAUCCGUUCCGGAUCGCGGCAGUGUUCUUACAUGUGGGUACUGGUGAUGUGCUUCAGCUUGUACGUAAGUUACACAAACGACUUGCUGGCCACUCUCGUCAGCAUCAUGGUGAUGUGCACCAUCUGGGCUGCAUUCGCAACCCUCACAUGCAAGAGCUUGGUGCUGAAACUUACUUUGCUGAUUUCAGAAGCCAAGCGUGUUCGUGGACAUCCACGGAAGCUCGCAAGAUGGGCCGCGCAAGUACUCAGCAUGGAGUUGCUGGUCUGCGCAACGCUGGGGCUGACAACGUGCUGCACCGGGCUUCUCUACGGCCUAGUGACCUUGGUGAGGCUAAACAGUCAAGGUCCCCAGCUCUCUCAUGCAGAAGUGACAAGAUUGGCAGCACUCCUUGAAUGGGAGAGCAUUGUCCUGCGCUUGGACUGGGUCAUCAAUUCACUGGGGCUGGGUGUUCUCUCUGGCAUUCUCUGGCAAGGACAGCCUCCGGAGGACGAUAUGGAGGUGGGUUCGCGCAGGCUCGCGCGAGGGUUGGUCUCUAUGUCAUGUUUGUUGGACGAGAGUGGGAAGGAAGUCUACCAGGAUGUUGUCAAGCAGUUGGCAGGCCGUGGCUUUCAACUUAGCUCCCUUCUCUGCUUCUGGGAAAGGCUCCUGAGAGAUGAGCUGAUGCCGGGGUUUGAUUUGCGACGUUCUGCGACGAACGACGUGGUUCGCCGGGCCGUUAUCCCAGCCUCCCGACUGGGGGAUGGCGGGUGUGCCCUUGCAGAAAUUUGGUCCACCAAUCUGAGGAAGCCGCAAGUUAUGGUGUCACACAACUGGACGAACAGCUUUGGAAGCCUAGCUGCUGCUAUACUGGCGGAUGCGUUGGGGUACAAAGCCUACCAGGAUGUCGCAAAACAAAUCGCCACCCCCGAGGGCAUCGAGCAGGUCCGAGUCAAGUUGGGCUGCAAGCUGGAUACCACCUACUGGCUGUGCGCGUUUUCCGUCAACCAGCAUGCCAGUAUUUGCGCCGGGUUCGGGCCGGAACCGCUCCAGGGAACGACUGCAUGGAAUGCCUGGGCCAGGAAGCGUUAUGAUUCGGUCACUGGCGAGAUGUUCUCCUUGUGCGACUGCGCAGUACAGAAAGUUCUUAGUCACACCGACCCAAGGUGUGAGCUCAACAAGUUCGAUGACAUGAUGGCGUACUUAGCACAGGAGGUUGCGUGCUUCACUCAACUCAUUGUCGUGGAUGACGACUUUGACGUGCUGUACCGGGCAUGGUGUCUUGCAGAGAUAUUUGAGGCCAGCAUUUUGGGUAUGCCGGCCCGGAUACAAGUUUCUUCGCAAGAGACGGUGGACCUCAACUAUGACAGACUGACGCUGCUUGAUGUAAGGAUGUGCUCGGCUUCAUCACAACCUGACAAGGACAUGAUCAUCUCCAAGAUCGCGGAUUUGGAUGCUUUCAAUUGGAAAAUACAGGAACUGGUCUUCAGUGCCGAUUCUGGCUUCUUUGCAGAAUGGGUUGAUGGCAACGAACGUUCUCGGCAAGUUGGUCGAAUCUUGCGGCGUUGCGCGAUGCGAUCCGACAGCACAGUAGGCGAGCCUGGCGCCAGUUUGACUGGAUGCUGUGCCAUGUUUCAUAUCUGGAAAUCGAAGGAUGGGAAUUCUGACGAUGAGUCCUCGCAAAGCGAGCUGACUGCAGCGACUACAGAUUCCGCUUGCAGUGACAGUGGCUUCUGA